AUGAGCGAGAUCCGCACGCGCUCAGCCCACUUUCUCACAGAGAGCCUCUCCUCUGCCUCGCCCUCCUCCUCCUCCUCCCAAGACCUCUCAUCGUUGGGCUCGGACCUCGAAGCCGCCAUCCACGCCAAGCAUGGAGAUACCUCAAACGAGUACCGCGCAGAGGUGCGCAACCUCGGCCUCACGCUCAAGAGGGACAACCCGCAGCUCGCCGCCAGCCUCGUCCAAGGCACCGUCACGGCCGAGCAGGUGGCGCAUAUGAGCGACGACGAGCUCAAGAGCCCUCAGAGGAGGAUGGAGGAUAACAGGCUCAGGCAGCAGGGACUCGAAAACGCAGUCGGGGUAGACGACUUCCAGAUCGACGUCACCUCGACCACCCAGCCCGGCAUCUCGACCGCAGACCAGGCCGACAUGGCAACCUACGGCGAGGCAGAGGAUGCCGAAAUGGGCGGAGGCGGCGAGGGAGAGUUCAAGGCGCGCGCACAGCCAAAGGUCGGAGAGGCCAUGAAGGGAAUCGAGUUCGAAACGGGCUCCUAG